AUGGCGUCGAAACUCUUCUCCGUUUCGCGGGCCAGCCGGGUGCUGCACCAGACUCCCUUCACUCAAUUCCGGUCCUUUUCCGCCGCCCCGCAACGGUUCAGCGACUCCCUGUCUGUCCACCGCAACACCCCCACCAACAACCCCAGCAUUCCCUUCUCGUUCACCCCUCAGAACCUCACCCUCGUCGAUGAGAUCCUCAAGCGCUACCCUCCCCAGUACAAGAAGGCGGCUGUUAUGCCCCUCUUGGAUCUUGGUCAGCGCCAGGCCGGUUUCACCAGCAUCAGCGUCAUGAACGAGGUCGCUCGCAUGCUUGAGAUGCCCCCCAUGCGUGUUUACGAGGUCGCGACUUUCUACACCAUGUACAACCGUGAGCCCGUUGGCAAGUACUUCUUGCAGAUCUGCACUACUACCCCCUGCCAGCUUGGUGGUUGCGGUUCCGACGCCAUCGUCAAGGCUAUUAACGAGCACCUCGGCAUCACCCCCGGCCACACCACCGAGGAUGGCCUCUUCACCUACAUCGAGGUCGAGUGCCUGGGUGCCUGCGUUAACGCCCCCAUGGUCCAGAUCAACGACGACUACUACGAGGACCUGACCCCCGAGUCCAUCAAGACCCUUCUCACUGCCCUCAAGGAUGGUGCCGCUGCUACCGGCUCCGUCAAGAUUCCUGCCCCGGGCCCGCUGACUGGACGCGACACCUGUGAGAACAGCGCCGGUCUCACCAACUUGAACGAGGUUGUGUGGAACCCCGAGACCAUGAUGCGCACUGACGGUGCGCUGGAUGCGCAGCCGGAGGCGAAGCAAUAA